AUGCAUGUCCCAAACCCAAAGCUUAGAAGAGUUAUUAGUCUCUCUAACAUUCCAAAACUACCAAGAAACUUGAUAGAGGAAUUCAAAAUGAGAGAUGGAUUCACAAGCACAAUCCCAAAUAAAUUUGAUAAUUAUUCGCCAAAAGCGGUUUCAAAUAUGGCCACCACCAAGCUUUACGCAAUCAUGGAGGCCAUAGCUGACCGAGUUGAAAUGCACGUCAAUGUGGGUGAGCAGAGGGACAACUGGAAUGCCCUUCUUUUGAAUUCUAUCAAUAUGAUAACCCUCACCGCCGCCACCAUGGCCGGACUUGCAGCAAUGGGUGGAACGCCCCUUUUGGCAUUUAAAUUGUCUUCCACUCUAUUGUUCUCGGCAGCCACCGGGAUGCUGGUUGUGAUGAACAAGAUUCAGCCAUCACAACUUGCUGAAGAGCAGCGUAAUGCUGCGCGCUUGUUUAAGCAACUCCAUGGACAGGUCCAAACUAUUAUUGCUCUUCGCACUCCAACUCAAAAAGAUGUCAAUGACAUGAUGGAGAAGGUUUUGACACUUGACAGGGCAUAUCCACUUCCCUUACUAGGAGUCAUGCUUGAAAAGUUUCCUACAAAAUUUGAGCCUGCUGUUUGGUGGCCUAGAAAAUUAGGUGAAUUAGGAAAGCGGAUUAAUGGGAAAAAGAUGGAGAGGAAUGGAUGGAGUGAGGAGAUGGAAUUGGAAAUGAGGGAGAUUGUUGAGGUGUUGAGGAGAAAAGACAAGGAGGACUAUGUGAGACUUGGCAACUUGGCAUUGAAGAUCAAUAAGGUUUUAGCCAUCUCAGGGCCUGUUGUUUCUGGCAUAGCAGCUAUUGGAUCUGCUUUUGUGGGAUCUUCUUCACAUGGAUCAUUGGCAAUGACAAUGGCAGUUGUUGGUGGAGCUUUAGCCACCAUAGUUAACACUUUAGAGCAUGGUGGUCAAGUUGGGAUGGUGUUGGAGAUGUACAGAAACUGCGCUGGCUUCUUUAGCCUUUUGGAGGAAUCCAUUGAAUCCACACUCGAAGAAGGAGAAGUAGAUAACGGAGAGAAUGGAGAGUUGUUUCAAAUGAAGGUGGCUUUGAAGUUGGGAAGAAGCUUAUCACAACUUCGAGAUCUCGCGAAGGCAUCGGCUUCUUCGCGUAGAGAUGGGAACGCCAUUGACGAAUUUGGAAGCAAGCUCUUCUGA